GUUCCAGUUUAUUGACACGUAGUUAGUUUUUUUUAUUUAAGGAAUUUUAGUGAAUUACCAACUAAUUAUCAUCAUCUAAUUACCGAAUCAACGGAGUUUUAAUAACGAGUGAAAUGACUCCGAAACUAAAAAUUUCGGAAUUUGUGCUGAAGCGCAUCUCUCUCGUAAAUAGCCAGUGCAGUGGCGAACUGUUUGGGAUAAUGUGCCGCGGAACGCUGACCGUGCUGGGAUUCAUCCUAGAGGAGAAAGAGACACUAAGUGCGCUCAAUUACAGCAAGGUGCAGAAUAAUUUUCCCACUGAGAUCGAUCUGUGCGGGCUAAUAAAAUUUGGCCCCUGCACGGAUGCCGAAGCUCAUCUGAACGAGAUAUUGCAGGAUGUUGAUAUUACCGAUAAUCCGGUGCUGCUGAAUGUUGAUGCCGACGGAGAGGUAAAAGCAUCCCUCUUUAAGCACGGUCAACUGGAGGCAAUCGAAUUCGAGGUCGAAAGCGAAGCUGAUUUGAUGCGGAAUUACGUCUUUCUAAGGUUACAGUGUAGCUUGGAACUGUUCUGCGAACAGAAUGAAAAGUCCAUUCCGCAAAGUGCUACCAUACUGCGAAAGCGACUAGCAUCGGGAAACGUAGCAUUUGCUGUGUCGGGGACGGAGGUGAUUAUGAACGGUGGCUCUAGUGGGUCUCAAGUAAUUGGCCUGGAUGCUGAGGCAUCUAUGGAGGCUCUUCUGGCACGGACCGUAAAAACUGUGGAGGAUGACGGAUUUGUUUCGAGAGGAGGGAAGAAAAAAAGUACAAUUGUGACUCCAACAGAGUAUCCGGUUUUAGACGUUACUAUGAUGAUUAAGAAAUCUAAGGAUACUCAGGAUGAAAAACUGACCAGAGAAGCCUGCAACGUCACGAUCGAUAGUAAAAAUGGUAGCAACAAAAUACAAAUCCCCCUACAGGUAGAUGUUUUGAGUAUGUUACAUCGCGAAACGAAGGUGAAUUUAUGCUACGAUAUACUGGUGGAAAGCGUAUGCCGAUCGUUAAGACUAUUAGAAAGCAGCUUUUUAGAUCAACUGACAUUCUUCAAGCAGCUUUAUGUCUCGAAGUGCUACCAUUUGCUACCCGAUGUUCUGGGCCACUUCCUUACUUGCGUUUAUCCGGUUCGAGAGACAGCCGAAGGAGAGGAUCAGUAUUUGAUAGAGAAGCGUACAUCUCUUCAUGAGCAGUUUGGACUUCGCAAAAACCGACCGUAUUUCCGUAAAGCCAAUGCAUUCCGAUUUAGGGAAGGCGGCAGCAAACUUCUAUUUAAUCCGCAUGUAGGAGUUAAAAGACAACUCACCGAGGGACGCCUCUCGCUAGUGCAAGGUCGAUAUAGCUACCAUCAUUAUAUGCAAGACGGAUUUAACGACGACGGUUGGGGCUGUGCUUACCGUUCCCUGCAAACGCUCGUUUCAUGGUUUAUCUUGCAGGGUUACGCCAACGUGCAGAUACCGACACAUCAGGAUAUUCAGAAGUAUUUGGUCCGUGUAGGUGACAAGCCGAAAAGCUUUGUUGAUUCGCGUCAGUGGAUUGGUUCCACUGAAGUAUCGAUGUGCUUGAACGAGUUUGUUGGUGUGGAUUCUAGAAUAAUGCACGUCAGCUCCGGUGAGGAGUUGGCUAGCAAGGGUUCUGAACUGGCAUAUCACUUCGAAACGCAGGGAACGCCCAUCAUGAUUGGUGGCGGUGUGUUGGCGCAUACUAUUCUGGGAGUUGAUUUCGAUAGGAACACAGGAGAUUUGAAGUUUCUAAUAUUGGAUCCGCACUAUACAGGGGCGGAUGAGAUUGGAACCGUACUGGCGAAGGGUUGGUGCGGCUGGAAGGGCGUCGAAUUUUGGGACAAGAAAGCUUACUAUAAUUUGUGCAUGCCGCAAAGACCUCCAGUGUUUUAGAUUGUAUUCCGUUUACUGUUAUUGUGGAUAAGGUAAAUAAAAUAUAUAUUUUUACACGACUCUGAUGCUUGAAAAUAUGGCAUUUCGAAGCUGCAAAGUUUUGUUUUAAUUUGUAC